AUUUGUAAUUGUGACAACAUUUCUGUGAUCACAGGCACACAGGGACCAAAGUGGGUACCAUGACAGCCGUUUGUCACCGGGUUUUAUGUCCCCUGGAGUCACACGAUGAAUACGACAGAAAUGUGCCAUGUGCCCUACAAGAAAAUGAUUUGUCGGUGUGCUGCGUUGCCAUUAUGAUGCUGUCCAGGUAGACCAGAAGAGGCAUUGCAGGAUGCCAGCAGGGUACCAGAUGCCCCAGGCAUGGACUGGUGGCUAUGAGGCCUCGACUAUGCUGAAGAUGUACACACAAUACAGCCAGAUCAUCAACUUCUCCGAGCUCCCAGACCCAGUGGAGGAAUGGGAGCUGGAGGACCUGAUUGGCGAGGGCACAUAUGGAGAGGUGUACAUGGCCAAGAACAAGAAGACAAGAGUCCAGGCUGCCGCCAAGGUGAUGGAGUCCAUCCAUGAGGUCCUGGAGGAGGUGGAGGAGGAGUUUCAGGUGCUCCGAGACCUCAGCACCCAUCCCAACAUCCCCGACUUCUUCGGGAUGUAUCUCAAGCGGGACGGAAGCUCGGAGGACCAGAUAUGGCUUGUGAUGGAGAUGUGUGGAGGUGGAACUGUGACGGACCUGAGCCGGGCUCUCAUCAAGGACAGUAAACGACUGGAAGAGGGACUUAUAGGCCACAUACUUAGGGAGACACUGAAGGCUCUGAACCAUCUCCACAGCAACAACGUCAUGCACAGAGACAUCAAAGGUCACAACAUCCUCAUCACUGAGUCUGGGGAGAUCAAAUUAGUGGACUUCGGAGUGUCUGGUCAUCUUGAUCGAGCUCUUGGGCGGCGGAAAACUCACGUUGGGACUCCGUACUGGAUGGCACCCGAGGUGAUUGCCUGUGAGCAGCAGAUCGAGUACUCCUACGACAUCCGCUGUGACAUAUGGUCCCUGGGGAUUACUGCCAUCGAGCUGGCUGACGGAGCACCCCCUCUGGCUGACAUUGACCCUCGGAGAGCCCUUUUUAAGAUAGCCAGCCACAUAAAACCGUCCCCUGAAAGAGGGUCACCGCCACCCACAUUCAGGCAGCCUGAUCUCUGGUCACAAAACUUUAAGGAUUUUGUUAAAAAAUGCCUGAUUAAAGAUUUUGAGGAAAGACCAUUCACAGAAGGUCUCUUGAACCACCCAUUCAUAGAAGACCUGCCACAAGACCCAACUGAGUACAAGGAGAAACUGAAACAACUAACAUCAGAGAUGGAGCGGACCAUCCACGAGCCGGACAUCACGACCAAACAUGGCCGCAUGAAGUCACGUCGCAAGUCUAGACGAGAAGCAAUACAGACAGCAGAUGAUCUUGCUUCUCUGGAGACAUUGGAUGAUGACGUGAUUGUGUCCCAGUUGUUCAACAGGUACGGCCAGAAUCUCAUCUACACGUAUAUUGGGGACAUCUUGCUGGCUGUCAACCCCUUCACCUUCAUGACAAUAUACUCCGACGAGUACUCCAAGAAGUACAUGAACGCCCCGAAGGACAGCUUGCCACCUCACAUCUUCGCUGUCGCCGAUCAGUCCUUUCAGAUGAUGAUGCAUAAUAAACACAACCAGUGUAUUGUGAUCAGCGGGGAGUCUGGGGCUGGCAAGACGGAGAGCGCCAACCUCCUGGUCCAGCAGCUCACCCAGCUAGGCAAGGCACCAAAUCGUACAUUAGAGGAGAGGAUUUUACAAGUAAACCCUUUGAUGGAAGCCUUCGGUAAUGCCAAGACGGUCAUCAACGACAACUCCAGCCGGUUCGGGAAGUACCUUGAGAUGUUCUUCACAACUCACGGAACUGUAAUGGGAGCCAAAAUUACUGAGUAUCUGCUGGAGAAGUCGCGUGUCAUUCAUCAAGGAAAAGGGGAACAAAGUUUCCACAUCUUCUAUUACGUCCAUGACGGCCUGAUCUCCAGUGACAAUGACAAGUUCCACCUUAAGAAGAGCAAAGUGUACAAGUAUCUCCAGGAAUACACCAGUGCCCCCCCAGACAUAGCCUCAUUGUCAGUACACCGGGUCAAGUUCAAGGCCAUUCAGACAUGUUUUGAUGUAAUUGGUUUCCAGAAAGAGGAGGUGUCGUCCGUGUAUGCUAUCCUGUGUGGGAUCCUGCACAUUGGCAACAUGGAGUUCCAGGAGAAAGAGCUGUCGGACCACACCGGGGACUGCUGUGUCAUCAGUGACAGGAGUCUGCUCGAUAUAGUAUCGUCCCUGCUUGGAGUACACUCUGAGGACAUACAAGAAGCUCUCACUUCAACAGCAAUGGUAGCCAAGGGUGAGCUCAUCAUCCGCAACAACAACCUCCGUGAGGCCUUCAAUGCCAGGGACGCCAUGUCAAAGGCCCUGUAUGGCCGCCUCUUCAGCUGGAUCGUCAACAGGAUCAGUGCUCUCCUCAGACCAGCCAAAACAGAAAGAUCUGAUGAUGAGAGCUUGGUGAUUGGGCUUCUGGACAUCUUCGGGUUUGAAAACUUCACACGCAACUCCUUUGAACAACUUUGUAUCAACAUUGCCAAUGAACAAAUACAGUAUUAUUUCAACCAGAACAUCUUUGUCUGGGAGAUGCAAGAGUAUCAUAAUGAAGGUAUUGAUGCCAAGGAUGUGAGCUAUGUGGACAACCGGCCCAUCCUGGACAUGUUCCUGAUGAAGCCCAUGGGUGUCCUGUGUCUGCUGGAUGAAGAGAGCAACUUCCCAAAAUCCACUGACCAGACUCUAGUUGAGAAGUUCCAUCAGAACAUUAACUCGCCCUACUACACAAGACCGAAGGCUGACAAUCGCAAGUUUGCUAUCGAGCACUAUGCUGGCAAGGUGACGUACGAUGCCUCUGGCUUCCUGGAGAAGAACAGAGAUCGACUUCCUGUUGAGAUCGUUGACAUCCUGCGCCAAUCCAGCAACUCUGUGGUCAAGGCUCUGUUCCAGACUCCCCUCACAAAGACAGGAAACCUGGCUACGGGUAGUCUCAAGUCCAACUUCAACAGUACCAAAUCCAGUGCAUUUAACUCUCCCAUGAGCACCAACAGCGGGUUUACAAUCCAGAGUUACCAGCCUCAGAGCAGAUCAGCAUUUGGAGGCAGCAGGAUUUAUUUGAAUGCUCUUAAUGCAUCUGGUUCUACCAGCAUGACCCGGAUCCAGCAGACCGUGUCCACGUAUUUCCGCUUCUCUCUCAUGGACCUCCUGGCCAAGAUGGUGGCUGGCUCCCCACAUUUUGUCAGAUGUAUCAAGCCGAACGACAAAAAGGACCCUGAUCACUUCGAGUCGGAGAAGGUGAUGAUUCAGCUGAAGUAUACUGGCGUCCUGGAGACUACUCGGAUCAGGAGGCAAGGUUAUUCUCACAGGAUACAGUUCAGUGAGUUCCUCAAGAGGUACCAUGUGCUGUGUUUCCAGUGGAAUGAGAAGAUCCCCAUCAAUGCCGAGACCUGCACUGUGCUCCUGGAGAGGCUGGGGCUGCAUCACUGGGCCAUCGGCAGGACGAAGGUUUUCUUGAAAUACUACCAUGUGGAGGAACUUGCUCGGAGGUACGAGAGCUUCUACGAGAAGUUGAUUCUAGUCCAGGCUUGUGUGAGGCGCUGGCUCAGUCGAACGCACUUCUUCCGCAUGAAGUGGCAGCGAGACAAGGCAGCGCUCAUCAUGCAGAAAUUUGCCCGAGGAUGGCAUGUGCGGAAGGAGUACCAGACAGUUGUGCAGCAGAGACGCAGGGCGGCCAUUGUUCUACAAAAAUUGGCACGUGGGUUACAUACCAGGAAGGUGUACAAGCCGGUGAUCAAACAGCGCCACAAUGCCGCUGUCUCCAUACAGACUGCAUACAGAGGUCACUUGGUGCGAAAAAGGGUCAUGGAAAACAAAAGAAAUGAGGAAGAACAAGCAAGGAAAAUACAAGCAGUGUUCCGAAAGAAGCAGACAAAGAUUGUUGCAGAGAAGGAAAAACGCCAGAAUUUGUAUGCAGCUAAGAGAGCGGCCACUCUCAUACAGACCUACUUCCGUAUGUGGCGCUCCAAGGUUUUCUACAGUCAGUUGCAGGAAUACAAGAACAAGAAGGAACUGGAACUCAUCUACUUUGGACAACAGGUCGAAGCCUACAACACGGAUGCAUCUGACUGUAUGCAACGAAAUAACAACAAGAGGCGAGGUGUUCCUGUUGAGGUUGUGGCCUUGACACAAGGUCACACGUCAGAGGUGAAGGUCGAGGACAAGCAGGUGACCUUCCAGGAGCGCAUUGCCAAGAUGGACAUCGAUGAGGCCAGGGCGGAGCAUCUGGUGAAGCUGCAUGAAGAGAAGGGCCUCAUGUCUGAGCAGGAGACGGGGUAUUACGACAGUAUUGCUAACCUGGAGACAGGGGAAGAGGGUCUAGUCAUUGGCACCAGCACACCAAAGACAGCUGGACAGCCCUCCAUGGUGCACAUGGCGCCAGGCCUGAGUGCCAGUGUGAUGGGCGUGGAGCAGAGUGAGUACUAUGACUCCAUGGUCAGAGAAAACAAAACACAAGGGCUGACAAAUGGACACACUUCGCAGGUCCAAGCUGUGCAGGAUACCAAAAGCCAAUCAGCCUUGUGUUCUCGAGCACUAUUAGCUCAGUCAGCAGCUCAGACUUUCCUGGCCAACAAGCCUUGCGACCUCCAGUCGGGUGACUCCGCCAAGCCCUUACCUAAAAACAGCAGCUCCUCUAACCUGGCGUGGGACGCUCCGUUACAAUCGGCACGGGAACGGGCACUUGCAUCGCAGGACAUUGACUCUGAUGAAGAGAUUGAGUACCCUACCAACGGACUUGUCGAGACUGACCUCACAACUGACAAGUCAGCGUUUUUCGAAGAGGAUAAUGACCCUCAUGAAAUGGCCAAGAGGUUGGAGAAGGAGAUGGCUGCCAGCGUGGUGAGCUUCUGGAGGAAGAGCGUGAUGCAGUCACAAGUGCAUGUCGACUAUGAGGAGUACGAUGAGGAUGAAGAGGAAGAGAACACUUCAAAUGUUUCCUAUGGUCACGACCCAGAUCUACCUCCCCCACCUCCACCCCUGGAAAUGACAAUGGACUCACCCACGGGUGCCCCUCCUCCUCCUCCACCACCCCCACCUCCUCCACUGCCUCACUCUCAGACCAUGCCCAUGAUGAACGGAGGGGGACAUGUCGGGUUGUUGGAGAAUGGAACAAAUGGAGACUUGCAAAGAUCUGAAGAUAGAAAUGUGCCUAAGUCAAAAAGUGACAACCAUAUCGGAAAUGAUACUCAGCUUGUGGCAAAGCAAGUUUCACUUACCGAUAUCCGAGCCAAACUUCGGAAAACAAACAUUGAUGUUGGGGAAGGAACUCUCAGAAGGGUUGUAGAAUCCUCACCCUCUCAAGUUGACUUUCGUCAUGUCUUAAAGAAAAAACAGCAAAAGACUCUAAUGGGGAAUGGUUAUAACUAAGAAGCUCAGAAACUAAUACAUCUACAGUGAACAGUCUUCAGAAACCAAUACAUCUACAGUGAACAGUCUUCAGAAACUAAUACAUCUACAGUGAACAGUCUUCAGAAACUAAUACAUCUACAGUGAACAGUCUUCAGAAACCAAUACAUCCAGCUUGCUUCAGGAAGCCUUCACAAUGUCCAUGUUUUCAGAAACAACUACAUCCUUUUGCCAAACAGUUUAUUUUUGAACAAACAUUCUGAAAUUAUCCUUACUUACUAGAUGUUAUCUAGUGUGUAAUUUUACAUUAUUUCUUAGUUAAAAUAUGAAUCCAAAGAAUAGGACCCCAUCUCUAUGGAGCUUCUUCUUAUGCCAGAAUGUGAUAGCACCUGUGUAAGUGUUUGUAUGUAUGUAUUAUUUUUAUCUAAUGACCUCAGACCCUUGUUCACCUAGAUGUGAAUGGCGCCUCCAUAUAUAGUGUUGAAAUGAUGGUCCAUGUUAAAUAUAGAAAUAUUGUGUUUUUUGCUCUUGGCCCUCACAAUGUCUUAACACAUGACAAAAAUAACCAUUCAAUCUCAGAGAUUGAAGAGAAUGUUGACCAAAAUUGAUUUCAGUGUUUAUUGACAGUGAUGCUAUAAAAAUUACUGUUGGUAUUUGAUGAAUUGAUGACAGAACUGCAGUUAUGUUCUUCAGUUAUAUCAAAGAUAUUGUCAGUCGAAACAACGUGAGCACAAAUAAAAUGCCACCCAAAGUAUUGAAUACAAAGAGCAUUAAUCACAUGAGGUUGAUACCUACAGUGUUUAUAUAGUCCAUGUAGGUUUGAUGGUUACCUGUGGUAAUAAAACAUAAAAUAUUAAUUAUUUGAUUUAUAUACAAUAUUGAUGAGUUCUAUGUUGAAAGUGAUGUCCAGUUGUCCUCUUUAUACAUUCCCCUGACAUACGUUUGUUCUGCACUGGAUGUUGAUCUCAGUAUGACUUCGUCUUCGUUUCUUUACAAAUAUUGAGGACAUUGUCUUUACGCUUUUCACCAAAGUUGGAGGACAAUUCAGCUUUACUAGGAGGAGGAAGCAGAGCUGUGUGUUUGAUGUGUUGUUUUACUCACCAAUAACUGACAGAUAGACUGGAUCAGAAAAUCCCACUUUGCACAGAUGCGCAUCUGGGGUAGAACAAGGUUCCAGGAUGACAUGUUACAGUUUGCCUGUCUUGAGUUUUCAUGAACAAAUGUUAAUCAAAGUUUAAAGGAGGACUUGUCUCUGUGAAAUGGCUGGGAUGGCUAAUAAUGUUCUUUCUGAGUACUAGCUGUAGAGGAAUUAUCCUGCAUAUGUGAGAAGGUGACAUUGCACAUUCAGUAAUGAGUCGAUAUGUUGGUUGAAAGUUCAGUCCCCAGCAUUUUGGCAAUUGGCUGUGACUGGCCAGUAGUGUUCAAAUGUUUUAAAUGUUUUUGAUAUUGAAAAGGUGUAAUAUAUUUAGAAAUAUUUUGUAAUUACCCUGUACAGUUUGAUUUGGUAUUCUUGUGUGAAUAUUGAGUAUUGUAGUGAAUCUGUGAGAUGAAAUAGAAAGUUUUAUGGGUUUGACCCUGGAAGAUCCUGAAAAACAAGGCAAAGGAAAUAUGUAAUCUACCGACAGAGUUGGCUUAAAUGUACAUCGUGUGUGAUUCUAAUGCCAAAAUAUUCUCAAAAUAGAAUAUCCACAUGUUUUUUCACAGUUGUUUCAUAGUUUUGAAUUUUACAUUUGUAGGAGGAAAAAUGUCCUUCAAAUCUUGUAAUAUUUCUGAAUAGUGUGUAUAUUCAUGUAGCUGGGUUUCACAGAUGUAUUUGAUUGUCAUUUGUGCACAUUUCCUAUCUUGAUGUUAGGUAUACCAGCACAAUAUUGUCACAUGCAAUAAGAAAUGUAUACUGCUCAAAACGAGUUAGAGAGCACAUGAUUCUUCACAUUACUAUAGUCAAUAUGCCAUGGCAGAUUAAAUAUAGUAGUAUGAAGGAAUCAGGUGUUCUUUAACUUCUUUUCAGUAGUAUAUAUGACCACUGUGACAAUGUUGAUUUGAGAUUAAACUUAAUUGUCAAUUCUUAACUCACAUUUAAUUUGAUUUUAAAAUUUCUUUAUUUCACCAAAGAUUUUAUUCAUAUAUGGUUUAAUAGGAAUAGAUGUUAUGCAGUCAUAGGUCACAGCAACAUAUUUACUAAGCUGUGACAGGUUUGUCAAAAUAGAACCUUUGUGCUGGUAAAUGAGAGGAAAGGUAGUUAUGUACAGAUUGUUGACAGGGUGUUGACCAUGUAAUUAUGUCACUUUCAAAUAACAGAAAAUCAAUUCCAAAGGUUCAGUGUAAAUAUUUUCUUGUUAGGAUUUGGGAUUGGCAGCUUCAAUUGAAUUUUGAUUAGUUACGUAGCUUGUUGCUUGUGAAACACUUCUCAAUUGUCUGUGAUACUACUAGCAUUCCAACAGUUUUACUUAUGAAUGUUAAAAGUGUUUUGCUUGUUAUAUAACUUUUAGUGCUUAACCCCACUGUUAUAUAUCUGUAUAUCAGUUGUGAGUGUGUUCCAGUUGAAGUUAGGUGUUUUUCAUACCAAUAUGAAACAUAUCAACGGUUGUGAUGAAGCUAUUUUCUUGUAAACUAUAUACAUUUGCUUGUAUGUUUGAUGUUGAUGAUUGUGUUUGUUGUAAUAUCUGUUUUAAUGAACUUGCAGAGUUUAGAAUAUUUGGUGCUCAUGUACAAAGUGUUGUUGAAAAUUAAAAGUUUAACGUUUUAGAGACAAGAAAAUGGAAAAAUGAACGUUCUUAAAUAGUGACAGUGAUAUAUUUUGGGUAAUAUUAUUCUAGAGAGGCAAUAUGUCGAUAAACGUAUAUCAUGUGUCUGGCGUUAUAUUACAAUGUAUCCAUUGCUUACAUGUUUGUUAGGAUGUUUUUGUUAACAUCAUUGUUACAGGACUUUGUUACAUGACACUUACAUGACAUUGUUGCAUGACACAUGACAUUAUUACUUGACACAUGACAUUAUUACUUGACACUUACAUGACACAGUUACAUGACACAUGACAUUGUUACAUGACACUUACAGGACUUUGUUACAUGACACUAUUACAUGACAUUGUUGUCAGUGUUAUAUUGUCAUGCAUAGCAUGUACAUAUGAUUACAUUUUAUCAACACUUAACAUAAUUUUAACAGAACAAAUGAAUGACCGUUGAAUGUCCCUUUGUCUUGCAUGUUUGCACUUAUCUUUAUUACAAACAAAAUUAAAAUUUAGAAAGAUAACAUCAUUAAAAGCCUGAUGUUCCAAUUUGAGGAGAAAAAUCUUUUGCAGAUUUAAAUUGAACCAAGUACUUCAUAACUUUUGUCGUUAUAACUUAAAUGAAGACAUGAAACUGUCAUGGAUAACAACUUUACUGUUUGUCAAUGGCUAACAACUUUAUUGUUUUCACAUGGAAUAACAACUUCUGUUGUUCCUAACAUUUUCAAGUCUUCAUUUUCCACCAAUCUUAAUGCCAAUCAAACACUUGAUGACUCAAGUGAAUAGUAGGGAUUUACUAUUAAUUCUGUUCAGCUAAGGGACUGAACAUUUAUUUUGGGGUGAGUAGGUGUGCGGUCUUCCAUCCAAGAGAAUGCCCUCCUGCAUCUGCAUUGUUUUGGGGCUGACCAUCAGUAAAUAUUUGUCCAUUUUUAACUUUCCGUCAUCCGUCCACCAGUGACAUCUGAGACUGACUUCAGAAGGUCUCUGCAACAAGAAUAUUUAGUUUUUGAAAAUACAACAAAUUUAAACUUUAAACAAUAUAAAUAAUUCAAGUUUUGAAUACAUUGUGUGUUGAAGUAUCUCCUUUGGAACACCCAUCCCACCAUAAGAAAUACUGGUCCCUAUCAUUCAAAUCCUUCCU